CCAACAAGUCGCAUGCGUUCUCUCCUCUUUUGCCGACGGAUAGUUCAAGUUCAAAAACGGAAUUCUUCGGAUGUGCUCUGCGUUUUUGGCUCCGUUGACGCCAAUAUCCGGUUAUAUAGCGUUUCAAGUGCUUUUUUCGCUAAAGAGAAUCCAAUAAAUUUAAAUUUAAAUUCUUCCCGUGUGUGUUGUUGUUAUUAUUGUGCGGGUGUGUAAACAAAAUUUGGCCCAAGUGGCAUGUGCUCCUCUUUAUCCACAUCCACAUCCACAUCCUGUUUAAUGGACUUCCUAAAUGCGAUGACUGGAAUCGCUUAAAAACACGGAAAACACUUAAACGCAAAUUUGGCUAAAAUUGAAUGCAAAAAUGCAGAAGGCAACGAGCCGUGAAGGAAUCAAAUUAAUCAUGUUGGCUUAAACAAUUUGCCUGUUUGGUGGGCAAGAAAUACUUUGGCAUUGAGCGAAGGAAAAUCGAGCGGAGUCAGUUGAUUUUUCCCCUGAUGAUAGCCAACUUGGUGAGCAUGGAAAUGGACUUGGAUGUGGAAUUUUCCGGGGAUUCCCCGCCACUGCCCACGCCGCUGAACGUAACGCAGGCUCUCUGGGAUCUGGCCAUGCUGGCCACGUCCACCACCCAGUGGCCCCUCCUCCAGGACACCGGAUCCGGAACCCCCUCCUCCUUCUCCUCCUCCUUCUCGGCGGAGAACUUCAGCGAACUGGCCGUCACCGAGACACCCUACGUGCCCUACGGCCGGCGACCGGAAACCUACAUCGUGCCCAUCCUGUUCGCCCUGAUCUUCGUGGUCGGCGUCCUGGGCAAUGGCACCCUGAUUGUCGUCUUCCUCAGCGUGCGCCAGAUGCGGAAUGUUCCCAACACGUAUAUUUUAUCACUAGCCCUGGCGGAUCUUCUGGUUAUUGUGACCACAGUGCCAUUGGCAUCCACCGUUUACACCGUGGAGUAUUGGCCAUAUGGCAGCUUCCUCUGCAGCCUCUCGGAGUUCAUGAAGGAUGUCUCCAUUGGGGUAUCGGUCUUCACGCUGACUGCCCUAUCAGGUGAUCGGUACUUUGCCAUCGUGGAUCCCCUGAGAAAGUUUCACGCUCAUGGAGGCGGUCGUCGGGCCACCAGAAUGACCUUGGCCACAGCGGUUUCCAUUUGGCUGCUGGCCAUCCUCUGUGGAUUGCCAGCCCUCCUGGGCAGCAAUCUGAAGCACCUCGGGAUCAACGAGAAGUCGAUUGUCAUCUGCUAUCCGUAUCCGGAGGAGUGGGGCAUCAGCUACGCCAAAUCCAUGGUCCUGCUGCACUUCCUGGUCUACUACGCCCUGCCCCUGGUGAUCAUCGCCGUGUUCUACGUGCUAAUCGCCCUCCAUUUGAUGUAUUCGGCCAGUGUCCCUGGCGAAAUUCAGGGAGCCGUCCGUCAGGUUCGGGCUCGUCGCAAGGUGGCUGUUACUGUUUUGGCCUUCGUUGUCAUCUUUGGCAUUUGCUUUCUACCCUAUCACGUCUUCUUCCUGUGGUUCUACUUCUGGCCCACCGCCCAGGAGGAUUACAAUGCCUUCUGGCAUGUGCUGCGCAUCGUCGCCUACUGCAUGUCCUUCGCCAACAGCUGCGCCAAUCCCGUGGCCCUCUACUUCGUGAGCGGGGCCUUCCGCAAGCAUUUCAAUAGAUACCUGUUCUGCCGCGGAGCGAGUGGAAGGCGCAAGAAGCGCGGCCAGCACGACACCUUCUGCAUGCACCGGGACACCUCGCUGACCAGCACCGCCUCGAAGCGCUACCAGUCCCGCCACUCCUGCUACCAGAGCACCAUCCGCAGCUGUCGCCUGCAGGAGACAACGAUAACCACGCUGCCAAAUGGCGGGAAUCAGAACGGAGCCCCCAUUUCGGCCGUCGAUCUGGGCCAUAACCCGGGCCACAAUGAGGCACCGCCGGGCUAUGGCUUUCUGCCGCUUAACGAACUUGGCCAGCAGAAGCGUACGCACCCACCAAAAUUCCAGGAGUCCCUUUUGAACUGAGUUCCCGGAAGAUGUUAUGGUAACAAACAAUGGAUUUAAACGGAGUUUACAGGAAUUCGGGCAGCAAGUUGCCAUGGUAUCCUUAGCUCUUUAUCAAAAUCAAAAGUAAAAGUAGUUAAAAGCUUUGUAUUAUUUAAAC